AUUUGUGAAAGAGCUUGAUUCAAGAUGGCGGCCGAACUUGAAAGAGCUGUGGCCCUCCGUACCACAAACAAGAAUGGAGCGAUUGAUAUACUUAAUAGUCUCGUAAAAAGAGACAUGGAUACCAACAGUGAAGAUGUAUUAAGAGUAAAGGAACAGGCAAUUCUUGAACUAGGAUCAUUGUUAGCUGAAACCAAGCAAGCUGAAGAACUUGCUGGUUUGGUCAAAUUUACACGACCAUUCCUUGGCCUUGUAAGUAAGGCAAAGGCGGCCAAGUUGGUGCGAGGUCUAGUUGAUCUGUUCUUGGACAUGGAAGCUGGCACAGGGAAGGAGGUUGAAUUAUGCAAAGAAUGUAUAAACUGGGCAAAAGAUGAGAAAAGAACAUUUCUACGACAGGCGCUGGAGUCUAGACUUAUAUCUUUGUACAUUGACACUAAAGCUUAUCAAGAAGCACUACUAUUGGCAUCCCAGUUACUAAAAGAGCUGAAGAAAUUGGAUGACAAAGCGUUAUUGGUGGAGGUGCAGUUGUUAGAGAGUAGGACUUAUCACUCUCUGUCCAAUCUGCCAAAAGCCAGGUAAUCCAAUCUUCCUGGGAGAACAACUGCCAAUGGUAUCUACUGUCCACCUAAGCUCCAAGCUGCCCUCGACAUGCAGUCAGGUAUUCUUCAUGCUGCUGAUGAGAAAGAUUUCAAAACAGCCUACUCCUAUUUCUACGAGGCGUUUGAGGGAUACGACUCUAUCGACAGUCCCAAAGCUGUGGUAGCUCUUAAAUACAUGCUCAUGUGUAAGAUUAUGCUGAAUACAGCUGAUGAAGUACAGGCCAUUGUUAGUGGAAAGUUGGCACUGAAGUAUAGUGGUCCGGAGGUGGAGGCGAUGAAGAGUAUAGCCACAGCCAGUCAUAAACGCUCUCUUGCAGAGUUCCAGAAAACAUUAGGAACAUUCAAGCCACAGCUGGAAGAUGAUCCAAUUGUAAAUGCCCAUUUGAAGACUCUGUAUGACAACCUACUAGAACAGAAUCUCUGUAGAAUUAUAGAACCUUUCUCUAAAGUUCAGGUUCAGCAUGUUGCCAACUUGAUCAAGCUACCAGUGGAUACGAUAGAGAAGAAGCUUUCACAGAUGAUCCUGGAUAAAAAAUUCCAUGGUAUUUUGGACCAAGGUGCAGGAGUGCUGGUAGUAUUUGACGAGACACCCGUGGACAAGACCUAUGAAACAUCAUUGGAGACGAUACAAAAUAUGGGGAAAGUGGUUGAUGCUCUGUAUAACAAGGCCAAGAAGCUGACUUAGUACAGAUCAAUGUUUAGUCAUAUUUGUUUCCGUGACAUUUACAUCAAAUAUUCUGUGAAAUUCGGCAGAUGCGAAAUAACUAUUAGUACCAUUGUGGACCUCUACAGAAUUGAUAUUGACUGAUCGUCUGUAGGUUCUGUGUUGGUGAAUACCCUCAGAUACUGGUGGAAAUUCUGUUGCCAUGGUACAUUUAAAUAUUUUUCUUAAAGAUAUUUUUAUUUCACAGUACAGUUAAAAACUAAUGUAUUGUGUUCAGACCAAACAUGGUUAAAAAUGAACAUCUUUGAUGUGCUGUUACAGUACAUUUACAUUUUAGUAUCGGCAAUUCAAAGCACUUUUGUAUCACGGGAAUAACUGUCAUCUGACCAGUAGGAUGACUGUUAAGGCCCAUGGACCUCCUGUUAUUUAUACAUAUACAUAACAUUUAGUAAAUUGUCACUUUGAAAAUUUCAUUUUAUUGAAACGCUACCAGUACAGAUAUAGUGCUAAUUAACUGUAUUUGUAUGUUAGAUUUAGAACAAUGUUACAACAGAAGACAUUUCAUCAAUUCUCUUAACAUAAAGUUGGUAAAUCGUGUUAUAUCAACUUUCAAAAAAUAAUUUACCAAAUUUUCUUAUGAAUGAAAAAUUCUGUUCGCAUAAUCUGCUAACCUUUUGAUUGUUUCUUUCUGAAAUAAAUCUGUUGCUUGAUUUGAAGUGAUUUUUAGGGACCAACCCUUACAGUUUAAGGUUGGUUAUUCUUUGCAUUUAGCUCUGAUUCCAUCAAAGCUUGAGUAAGAACAUGUAUCAUAAAUCAUUUCUAUCUUGUUGGGCCAAAAAGGAUUUUCUUUUUAUCAUAUUUAAACAAGCUACUGUAGCAGAAUUUAUUUAACAAUGAUCUUUGGGGUAGGAUAUCAUUAUCAUUAUGGGAUAUGCUUGUUUAGUUUCAUGAAAAGGACCCAUUGGAGUAAGGUUGCAUGAAUGUGAUAUGAGAAUGCAUACCUUUUCUAAGAGUUAGGAAUUCAAAGUACUAUAUUGAUGUGAGAGUUCUAUGGAGAGAUUUUUUCAUGAAAAUCAUUUGUGAUUUAUUAUCCAAGUCUUUGAUUGUAAAAAAGUUGUCAACAUCAUUGUCUAGCAUAUCUGAAAAAUAAAUAGGUAUGAAUUUUCA